CACGUUUAGGAAGUGACCUGUCGCGUGGGUAAUAACGUUGAAUUUCGGGGGCCUCGAAUAAGGCUCAAAAAGCUGAUUUGAAAAUGUCGAAGAAGCUAUUACCACGGGUGAACAGAAUUUCGAAGUUAUUUCAACCUUUGAAUAUCAUACCGAAAGAUAGUAAACCCAGAGAUGAAGUACCCUCGAAAAGUUAUAAGCUUAUGGUAGAUAUGGGGAUAAUUCGCCAGUCUAGCACCGGGAUGUACAACUUGUUGCCUCUGGGCUUGCGGGCCUUGGAGAAACUGAAUACUCUUGUUGACGAAGAAAUGGCAAAUAUAGACGCGCAGAAAGUACUUCUGCCUCACCUUGUACCGAGCAAGCUGUGGAAGGCAACUGGUCGAUUAGAAGCCGCUGAAAACGAGCUGUUCAUGCUACAUGAUCGGCAUCAAAAACAGUACAUACUAAGUCCUACCCAUGAGGAAGCUGUCACCAACCUAAUUGCCUCUAUUAGUCCGUUGUCACAGAAGACGUUACCAAUCAAACUGUAUCAGAUCUCAAGCAAAUGGCGAGACGAAAUCAAGCCUAGAUUGGGUGUCUUACGAGGACGAGAAUUCACUAUGAAGGACCUGUACACAUUUGACGCUGACUUAGAUAAAGCAAAGGAGACUUACGACCUGGUGUGCAAAGCUUAUGAUAAUCUCUUCCAAAGAAUCGGUGUCGGAUUUGUAAAAGUCGCUGCUGACACGGGCAACAUUGGUGGUUCAUUUUCUAAUGAAUAUCACUAUAUAUCACACAUCGGAGAGGCUGUUGUUGUUAGUUGCACUGGUUGCAACUACGCUGCCAACACUGAGAUUCACAACAAAUCUACUUGUCCGCAGUGCCAACGAGAAUUACAUCAUAGCACCAGUGUCGAGGUAGGACAUACGUUUCUCUUGGGAACCAAAUACUCUGAACCCCUAAAGGCCACAUAUAUAGCCAAUGGAAAACCAGCACCAUUGAUAAUGGGGUGUUUUGGCUUGGGUUUAACUCGAAUUCUUGGAGCAGCCCUUGAAAUUUUAUCAAGUGAUGAAGAGCUGAGAUGGCCCCGUCCUUUGGUACCCUACGAAGUCUGUGUGAUACCCCCAAAGGAUGGAAGUAAAGAAACCUCAGCAUCUCGUUAUGCAGACGAUAUUUAUCAAGUUAUUCAGCAAUCUGGUAUGGACGUGAUUCUCGAUGACAGAACCCAUUUCACAAUUGGUAAACGUAUGAUCGAUGCGAGGAAAACUGGGUAUCCAUAUAUCGUAGUGGUUGGAAAAAGAUCCACUGAGCCCAGACCAAUUUUUGAAAUACAUGAUCUUUACGAAGAUAAACAGCUGAAUUUGAGUUUCGAGGGCGUCAUAGAUUACAUGCGUACUACGAACGACGACCAAACCACUCGGCACCAGAUGAGUGAAGUGUAUUAUAAAUCAAAUUAG